AUUUUUUCUUGGUUCGGUGAACAGACGCGCUAAGAAGUGGAAGAAUUUGUAAGAACUCUGCUGAACCGUUUGUAGUCCCGUGGCCGGAAGAUGGCGCCUGGUGUCGUUACUCGUGAAAAUGUUGACGUUGAGGUUUCAGGUCGAGGAAGUGAUAAAAGAUAAAAUCCGUGGGCGAUCCUCGACGACGGAUCCUGGGAAGUCGAAAGUCCGCAUCCGCGUCAACGAUGGCCGACGGCUUCUACGGCUUCACGGACUCCGACUUGCGGAACAUGGUCGGCGGCGGGGUUCAACGCGAAAAAAGCCCGGACCGGGCGAGACGUGCGACCAGGGCUGCCAAGGGUGCCGGCAUCACGUUCGCAGAUAUGCCAGAACAGGCUAAACUAUCUAGAAACACAAAGGAAACUCUCGUCAUAGAAGGUCCAAAUGAGAUAAGUUUGCAACUGACAGAACAGUUGGAACUGCAUGAUGGAGACGGGCCGAAACUCCUUCAAUCGAACUGCAUUGACAAUGUACCCAAAUCAGGAACCCAGAAAGCUGAUGUCAGUCCUCCUCCUGACCUUGAUGAGUUCGAAGAGAGGAGGAAGCAACUUGAAAUCAAAAAUGCCAAAGCAAAAGAAGAACUGCAAAAGGCGCUUCAGAUGAGAGCACAGAAGACGAAAGAAGAGGUGAAGAAAUUGAACCUGAUUGAAUCUGAGCUGAAGGAAAUCGACGCUGGACUCACCAAUGAUAUUGCCAUUAUUAGAAAUCGGAUUGAAAAGGCUAGCAUGUUAUUUUUGGAUGCUCAGAAGAGGUUUGACAAAGCGGAAAAGGAGUAUAACACAGCAUUGGCAAGCCUGAUGAAAGCCAAAGAAAACAAAAUGCUCCUCACAUCCCAUCUGUGUUCCAUUAUCGAGCAGAAUGAGCUUAAGAAGUCUAAAAAACUGUCCGAGCUGAUGGAAAAGCUCGACGUCUCUUGUGAGUCUUUGAAUCAGGGAGAAACCAAAAGUACAAACACAACGACGGCAUCAAAAGACGAAGCUGUGACAUGAUCAUUGUCACUACUUAUGCAAUUUGGAAAAAGUCGUCUUUUUCCUUAUUAUUCCUUUUUUUGUGGUAAUAAUUUUUUAUUAAAAAAAAGUAUUGAUAUUUUUCACUCACUUUUUGUAAUUCAAAA